CCACACACCGUUUCCUGUAUAAAAUCCCACAGACUUCAGUUCAAAGCAGCAAACAGUCAGACAACGACAAGAUGACCAGUCUCAGUGCAAAAGACAAGGACACAGUCAAGACCUUCUGGUCUACAGUGUCUGGGAAGGCAGAGGACAUGGGAGCAGAUGUUCUGUCCAGGAUGCUGGUGGUGUACCCGCAGACCAAGACCUACUUCUCCCACUGGAAGGACCUGAGCCCCAGCUCUGCCCAGGUGAAGAAGCACGGAAAGACCAUCAUGGCUGGAGUCGGUGAAGCUGUGGCUAAAAUGGACGACCUGACCGCAGGUCUGCUGAACCUCAGCCAGCUGCACGCCUUCACCCUGAGAGUGGACCCCGCCAACUUCAAGAUUAUUUCCCACAACCUUCUGGUAGUAUUUGCCAUCACGUUUCCCAAGGAAUUCACCGCUGAGGUCCAUGUGUCUGUGGACAAGUUCUUGGCUCGUGUGUCCUAUGCUCUGUCUGAGAAAUACAGAUAAACUGCAUGAGAAGAAGAGUAGAACAUGGAGACUGGAACCUCUACUGUUGCUGCUCAAUGAUUAAUAAAUACAUGAAUUGAAAACUACA